AUGAUUAGCAUCCAAGAGUGUCCAACUUUAAGACCUACUCAGUAAGAGUUUGAUAACUUCUAUGAAUAUAUUGAGAAAAUGGAUAAAUAGUAUUCUGCAAACUUUGGAAUGGUGAAAAUCAUUCCUCCUAAGAACUUUAGAGUUCGCUAAUAGGAUUAUAAUAAAUCAUUAGACAACCUCAUCAUCCAGGGCCCCAUAGAGUAGAAUGUGUAUGGCAAGGGAGGUAAUUACGAAUGUCUUCACAUUCUUAAAAAAUCUAUGCCCUUAAAGGAUUACAGAAAUAAGCAAUUGGAUAUUGAUAAAUAACACGAAAAACUAACUCCCGAUCAAUUCGAGAGGCUGUACUGGAAGAGUUUAGCUUUCAGUCCUCCCUUGUAUGGGGCUGAUAUAAAAUUGUCUCUAAUGGAUGUCAAUAAUGCUUGGAACCUCAAUAAUGUCACAAGUCUGUUAAAUUACGGACUCAAAAACCGUAUACCUGGAGUGAAUGAGCCGUACAUUUACGUUGGUUCUUGGAAAACAUUUUUUGCUUGGCAUAAAGAGGAUCUUGAUUUAUGCAGUGUCAAUUAUCUCCAUGUGGGUAAAGAUAAAUUUUGGUACUCGAUUCCUGAGGCUGAUAGUCAUUUGUUAGAAAAGUAUACAAGGUAGAUAUACGGAGAUCAUUUCAAUAAAUGCUCAGAAUUCUUGAGACAUAAAACAACAGUAAUCAAUCCUUACUUGUUGAAGGAAAAGGUACCAGAAAUUCGCAUCUCAAAAAUGUCUCAUCAUGAAGGUGAAUUCAUGUUUAUUUUUGCUGGGGCCUAUCAUCAAGGCUUCAAUUGUGGAUUCAAUAUUGCAGAGGCUGUCAAUUUAGCCACAUUAAAUUGGUUGCCAUUGUUAUUAGAGGCAAAAACAUGCAAAUGUGUGAAAGAUAAUGUCAAAAUAGAUACUUAAGCAUUUGCUGAGAAUCUAAAAAAGUCAACAUUGUACAAGGAUCAUGAAAAGGUUAAAGAAUUUGUCGAAAAGGCAAAAAACAUGCAAAAAAUACUCCACAAACCUAUCAAAAAAGUAAAGAUGUGA